AUGGGUACAAAGACUCAGAAGAAAAAUAGUAAAGGUCGUUUGGAUAGGUACUAUUACCUUGCAAAGGAGAAGGGGUAUCGUGCCCGUUCUUCCUUCAAGCUACUACAAAUCAAUGAGAAAUACGGUCAUUUUUUAGAAAAGUCAAGAGUAGUGAUUGAUUUAUGUGCUGCUCCAGGUUCUUGGUGUCAGGUUGCGUCGCAAGUUUGUCCAGUCAAUGCUUUGAUCAUCGGUGUUGAUAUUGUUCAAAUCAAACCUUUGCCAAAUUGUCUGACUUUCCAAUCUGAUAUUACAACUGAAGACUGCCGUUCCAAAUUGAGAGGACACAUGAAGACGUGGAAGGCGGACACAGUUUUGCAUGAUGGUGCCCCCAACGUGGGUCUGGGAUGGGUUCAAGAUGCAUUUACUCAAUCUCAAUUAACCUUACAAGCUCUGAAGUUGGCUGUUGAGAAUUUGGGAGUAGGUGGUACGUUUGUCACCAAGAUUUUCAGAUCCAAGGAUUACAACAACUUGAUGUGGAUCUUUCAACAACUAUUUGAUAAAGUUGAGGCGACCAAGCCUCCAGCAUCCCGUAAUGUGUCUGCUGAAAUUUUUGUAGUCUGUAAAGGAUUCAAGGCCCCAAAGAGAAUUGAUCCCAGGUUAUUAGACCCCAAAGAGGUCUUUCAGGAAGUUCAGUCUGGUGCAGCCAACAAUGAGGCCAAGGUUUUCAACCCUCAUAAAAAGGUGAGAAAGAGAGAAGGUUAUGAAGAAGAAGACUACCUUCAAUUUAAGACUCUUCCUUUGAUGGACUGGGUCAAACAGGAAGUUGACGUUGUCAACAUUCUAGGAACUCUUAAUCAAUUUACUAUUGACAAGGAAGACCCAGACUGGAAGCAAGUUAAAAAAAUGGAGCAAACCACAAAGGAAUUCUUGGAGUGCUGUAAAGAUUUGAAAGUGUUGGGUAAGAAAGAUUUCAAACACUUAUUGAAAUGGAGAAAGAAGGCUCGUUUGUUGCUUGAGCUGGACAAAGUGGAAGAGAAAGAAGACGCUCUAGUAGAUGUCGAGCCACUGGAUGAGGAAGCUCAAAUAACCAAGGAGUUGGAUGAGCUGGUACAAAAUGAGAGACAAAAACAAAAGAGAGAGAAACGAAAGAAGAACGAACAGAAACAAGAUAUCAUCAGAAGAAUGCAAAUGAACAUGUUGACAGAUAUGCAGAUUGGAGUUGACGCAGUAAAGGCAGAUUCUGCUUCAUUGUUCAACUUGAAGAUAGCUGAAAGAACGGGAAAGCUCGAUGAUUUAGCAAGUGGAAAAAGAGCUAUGGUUUUUCAUUCUGAGAAGGAUAAACCGAAACCAAUGGUAAUAGUUGAAGAGACAAAGGAAGUUGACUCAGAGACCGAAAUUGACCUUUUGGAAAACGAACUUAACAUGGGUUAUGCCCAUGAGCUACAAAAAAAGAUUGAGAAGAAUCCCCGACUGCUUGCAAAGGAUAAAACUGAAGGUGACGAUGAAGAAUGGGAAGGGAUCGUCAGUGCUGAAGAACGUAAAAGUUCUGAUGACGAUUAUUCCGAUGAUGACAGUGAUUUCGACUCUGAUACGGAGAGAGUGCUUGACUCGUUGAUUGCUAACAGAAAAAUAGAGGAACAUAAUAAUGAUACCGGAUUGAGUACCACUGCUCAGUCCUUUUUCAGUGAUUCUGUUUUUCAGGCACUUGACUCUGAUGAAGAGGAGGAACAACAAGCAGCAUCUAAGAAACUCCAGCAUACUCAGAGUUUGCAGCGGGUCGAAGAAGAGUCAGAAAAUGACGAAGAGUUGGAUGAAGCCGAAGGCAGCUCAGAGUCAGAGUUUGAAAUUGUUCCACCCAAGAGUCAAUGGAACGAGGAUGAAAUGGACAUUUCUGAUGAAGAGGAAGAUACAAACUUGACUAAGGCCAAUCAAAAGAAUGUAGAUCUGGCUACGGUUGAAGCCAUGACUUUGGCCCACCAAGUUGCUUUGGGACGCAUGACCAAGAAAGAUUUGAUAGAAGAAGGUAUCAACAAAUACUCGUUCCGCCAAACCAACGGUCUCCCCGCGUGGUUUAUUGAUGACGAGAAGGAACAUAGUAAGAUCGUCAAACCUAUUACCAAAGAAGCUUCAGACGCAAUCAAAGAGAAAAUGCGUGAACUGAAUGCCAGACCUAUCAAGAAGGUCAUGGAAGCUAAGGGAAGAAAGAAGAUGAGAGCUCUUAGAAGAUUUGAGAAGAUGAGAAAGAAGUCCGAUCUUAUUAAUGACGAUAGUGCCAAGUCUGAAAACGACAAGGCGGAGCAAAUCAAUGCCCUGAUGCGUAGGUUAUCCAAGAAGGAGAACAAGAAACCAAAGGUCACUCUUAUUAGAGCCACUGGUAAGAAUAGAGGAGUCAGUGGUAGACCAAAGGGUGUGAAAGGAAAGUAUAAGAUGGUUGAUGGUGUGCUCAAGAAUGAACAGAGAGCCCUCAGGAGGAUUGAGAAGAAGAGCAAGAACAAGAAGAAGCAUUGA